GAUGCCGUUAAUUACUCUGAAAUGUUCGGUAACUUAAAAAUUUUCGUCAACUCCUUUAGAUAUAGUAACAGUGACCUUUAGAAAAUAGGCAAUAAAAGAACUGCUAACAAAAAUGCUACCGAUAUCAAAUCGUUCCCGGCGUUUUUUGAAAUAAUAACGAUCUGAACAUUUUUGUUCAAUUAUCAAUUUAUAUAUAAAAUGGUUAUGAUUUAGUUCUUGAAACUGUUAAUAAAUUCACAUUCACAAACACUCAUCAAAGGGAACGCUGUCAAAAUGAUUCGUGCUUUCAAACAUGCUGAUCGUGAUUAAACGUUUCAUUAUAUCUGAAAAGGGAAGGAUUGGUUUUGCAUGGAAAUCGAUGUCCCACUGGCAUUGGCCAGUUAUGGUAAACUGAUCUGUUAAAAGGAUUUAUAGUGACGUUAUGUGAUGUUUUGAGAGUAUCCGUAUACUUGAAAAUAAGGACGAAGGGAAAUAUGUGAAAUAGUUCUUGAACAGCUGCUCCAGCAAAUAUAAACACUGCGGAGAUGAUUCAGGACAGUACAAAGUGCGAGGUAAAGUUUAAAAGGUAACUCAUGAAAUGGAAUACUAAAGAAAAUGGUCUGGAAAUAUCAAGCAUCACUGAAAUUACAUCAGUUCUAGAAAAGAAGUUGGCUGUAAUUUCCAGCAAAGUCUCCAUCGAAAUUUGUUCUAUUUAAAAUAGAUUACAUCAAAAGAAUACUACAAAGACCAGAGACUCAUUGAAGACUUUUUUUGAACAAGAUUCCUUAAUCAACGCCAGAGGGAAGUGAUAACGAGAGGUACCACAACAAGGUCUGUCCGUGGAAGCCUGGAAGUCCUAACAAUGGCUGUCGAACGAAAGCAGUUACGUUCGCCAUCUACAAUGACAUCAUCAGUGAUUCGGUCAUCACCAUGGAACAACAUUCCAGGCUUAAGCAUUACAAAAUGUGAACGUUCCUUCGCGCUUUAUCCCUAAUAAAUAACGAUAUCUCUCCAAUGAAAAACUAAAGUUGGAAAAUUUGAUGCAGUUCAAAUGAAAGUCACAACGCUGCACAAGAACGCUACUGUACGAAAAUUUCCUUAUUGAUGGAAAUAAAAGAAAAUGACAUCUUUUCCACAUGCCUUAUUCGACGGUUAACGAAAUGCAGUGACACCUUUGAAAUUACUUUGAGGAGCAGUUAGCAGGCAGUAUUUAGAGAAUGAUGAGAAUGAUAAUACGUCAAAGACUUUCUCAACUCUUCUUAUGGUAAAUUCUCUGAUUAUUAUAUUUUGAUUAUUAAUAUUUUACUUGUUUAUGAGGCCUAAAAUGUAGUGAAUAACGACGGUCGAUUCAAAACUAUCUAUACUGGAGCUCAUUGACUCAAAACAUGUAUUGAUGAAAAAUGUCGUAUCUGAAAAGAAUAAAAUAUCUGCAAUCCCUGAAGAAAGGUUGACCCAUACCAUAAUAUAAAGUCAUUGCUGGAAAUCUAUCUAUCCUGGAAUAGCAGAUGCCUUUCAGCGGAUUCGCAAUGAACUUACAACCCUACUCCAUAACAGAUAUCGAUACAACGCCUUUUAAGACGUAUGACGAACUGAGCUCUAAUAGCAGUCAGAAGGCGAGAGCUGGCAGCCAUGGAAUGAUACCAAACUAUGGAAGUUCUUCCAGUUCCGUCGGUUCUCGAAUUCCAGGUAAUCAAUGCACUUCCUCCUCUUCUUCCGGUCCCUGCAACCACACCACAGCGGACGUCUUCCCAUCCAGCCACCAUCCCACUAAAGGCCUCUUCCAUCCGAAAGAUGUCUCUUACUGGAACCCGGAUAUCAACCGUCCGUUCUGGAAACUCGAUGGCGGUGCACCCAGCUGGAACGUCACGGACCAUCGACCCUGGAACGCCGCCGGAAACGAAACAAGCUGGAACUUUCCCUUCGACGCGUCCUGGAACACAUCCGCUCACUCAGACAAACAUUUUCCCGUCGGGGAAAACAUUUCUCCAGUUGGGGAAAACAUCGCUUACAGUAACGUGACUGUCACUGACGCUGGAGGCUUCGAUGGGAUUGAUGAAUGGAGUACAGGGCUCUUGGCUGUUACCGGAAUCUCUCUCUACACAUUAGCCCUCUGCACGGCCGUUGGCAACGCCCUGGUCAUUCACGCGAUAAGAACGGAAAAGAGACUGCAGACGGUAUCGAAUUUGUUCAUCAUGAGUCUGGCAGCUGCUGACCUGACAGUUGGGGUGAUUGUUAUGCCUAUAUCAGCUGCCUACGCUAUGAUGGGUAACUGGAAACUGGGCUUGCCUGUAUGUCAGUUCUGGCUAGCCGCCGACUACACUGCAUCAACAGCUUCCAUCUUCAACUUGGUGAUCUUAUCGCUGGACCGAUAUUGGUCCAUAACAGCUCCUUUACGUUAUUUAAGAAGAAGAACAAGAAGAAGAGCAUGGGUCAUGAUAGGAGCUUCUUGGGCAGCAGCAAUGGCUUGGUUAGUUCCGGUGCUAGCUUGGCAUCACAUUGCAUUGGAUGGCAUUCGUCAUCAACCCGAACACGUCUGUGAAACAGAGUUCACCAACAAUGUACCAUUUAAAGCAGUAACCGCUGCACUAAACUUCUAUCUUCCAUCAGCUCUUAUGCUGUAUCUCUACUGCCGAAUUUUCCGAGAAAUACAAACACGGCAAGCUCUUGGGAGAGUCAAUUUUUCCAGCCAUGAUGUACCAAAUGACUCCUGCAGUGAGGUGGAACGAGUACAGAGGCACAGUCAUGGUUCAAAGAAUUCUCAGCCACAUGACAUCCCUACGAUUACCACAACGGCUGAACGGAGUCAGUUUCGAAGCCUUACCAUAGUCACUCCUGGAAGACAUGACUGUUCUCAUUUUUCAGGUGUGACGGUUAGUGUUGAGUAUCUUCCAGAGGAUUCUGGACACAGUUCUCCAACUCUCAAUCACCAGUACCCAAACCAGCAAAGUUUACAAACACAGCAACAGUCUCAGCAACAGCAGCAAUUACUACAACAGCAGCAACUUCGACGUCAAAAUACAAAUAGGUUAAGUCCCCAUCAUAAUCACAUCCACUGCUAUCAAAGUACUACAAGGCCGCAUUCCUCAUGGGAUCCAUCCAAUGAUUCUAAUAAGUGGAGGUGCAGCUGGCGCCUUAGCAGUAUGUCAAGAACACAAGGAAGUGGUGGAGGCGAAGGAGGUGUCAGCCCAGGACAUGCAUCCUCCAGCGAAGCUAGCACCAACGGGACUGGCAAAAAGAGGUCUAUGGCAUGUGCCAACAGUAAUGCAGCUACUGGUGGUCGUCGUAUGGAAGGUGUCAACUUGGCCAAGGAACGCAAAGCGGCACGUCAACUAGGAGUGAUUGUGGGAGCAUUUAUGGCCUGUUGGGUUCCGUAUUUCACACUAUUUCCCAUCAUGGCCCUCUGCGAUAACUGUGUGCCUCCUCAAGCGCACACAGCAACUAUAUGGUUGGGGUACCUAAAUUCGACUCUCAACCCAGUCCUUUAUCCUCUCUGCAACCACAACUUUCGAAGAGCAUUUGCUAGAAUGCUGCGACUUCCUUUGCGCAAACCUCACAACCAAGCAAAUGCACACAGAGUGGCUACUAUUACUAUUGGUCACUGACACCAGACAUCUAGGUAUCUUGCAAUAUACUAAUAUAAAGGGAACAAAGUAGGAUAAGUCAUGAAACAUAAUGAUUUCAAAACCCAUCAAAUGUAUAUACAUAUAUGUUUAUAACAUGAGUAGUUUUCUCCAUAUGUAGAAUCUUCUUGUUUACAGUAGCUUUUUAAUAAUUGUAUGUAAGAGUUUAUAUACAAGAUGAAAUACCCAUAUCACAGAAUGGUCAAGGUGCUACCAACCUAUCUAUAACGUCUGAAAAAAUUAUAUUACAAGGUUAUGGCUGUAUACUAAUCAUUAAUGAUCCUCUCAGUCUUUUAACAUUACAUUUACAAAAUGUAAUCAUCCUAUUAGCAUAUCCAUUUCCACUCAAUUUCACUAGACCCUGUAGUGGUUUUAGAGCAUUCCUAAACUAAUUGAUGUAAUACAAUUCCUGGCAACAAGGCAACCAAACCCAACGGGGUUUAUGAACUUGAUAUUCAUACUUAACAGCGUUAGUUUGGCAUGAAUUUGAUUAUUCCUUUUACUCAAUGAUUAUCAUAAAAAUCUACCAUAACAAAAGUCACCUUUGAGAGGUUGAAUCUUCAUAGAGCUGUCUUAAAUAUCACUCUUAAAGCUUAAUGUGGGAGACCCAAUAGGCAGUUCAACAUGUAGUUUGAAUGUCAGUUUCAAACCGAAUUAAGAUGCAGAGUUGAAAAUGAGGACUCUACCAGAUUUUGAAUUUGAAUGAGAAUAAUCUUCUCACAGUCAACAUUUUAUGUUUCCUAUAGAUAAAGUUUUUUUUACAAAUAUCCAAAACAAGCUGAGCAUUUCGUCCUAUGAAAUGACAUUAAAAUCCAGACUUUGAAAUCAGUUUUACUUUGAAAAUUUAUAUGAAGGAAAUUCAAGUAACCUAAAGGUUGUUUUCUUCUUAAUUAAGGAAAUUACAUGACAUAUCACCAGAAAAAGCAAGGAAAAUGAGGUGGCUCUUCUUGUCUGAUCUUUAAUUCUCGUGGACCAGUACAACCAGUGUAUUAAAACCUAUAUUUUAUUGAAUCAAUCAUAAACAAGUAUUUGAUAUUGUGUUGAAAUAUAGCAGUUGCUCAUUUCUACCCAUACUCACUGUGAUUACAGCUCCAUUUUUCAUGAGACAUCUAGACAUCUGUUACGUUUAUAAUUUUCGUUUGAUUUAUGGAACUUCGGCUUCUUUCUAUCAAGCUCCGUUGUUUCAGUGAUUAUUCUUUAUUGCAAUUAGUAUUAUUAUCCACAAUGCACUCAUUUCCAUUUGCAACAAGCUAAAAAGGGUCGUUAAAAUAUUGGUCGGCGUAACACACGGAAGAAAAAAGUAGAGAAAAUUUCCUGAGUAAAUACUACCAUUAUCAUUCCAUAAGAUUUGGAAUAUAUUCAAUCAAGAGUGACAGAAUGAAACACGCCAGUCAUUGGUAUCUUCCAAAGCAUAAUCUCUCUCUCUCUCUCUCUCUCUCUCUCUCUCUCUCUCUCUCUCUCUCUCUCUCUUAUAUAUAUAUAAAUGGGUAUAAGCACACGAUCCCAAAGUAAUUGAUGCUGAAAAAGUGACAGGCAGUUACUCAUUAUACUAAGUUUUCUCCAAAGAAAAGCUAAAAGAGUCCAUGACUCUGAAAAUCUACUUAUGCAGCUGUAUCCAACGCGACUGCAUGAUUAGAAAAUGGUCUCGCAAAAUAGUCCAGUGUUCCAUUCUUAAAUUUUAUUUUUUCUGCAACCAUUAUGCUAUCCAGGGCAAUUUUAUUAUAUAAAAAGUGCACCUAUGUAGAAAUUAAGACAAUUGAGUUUAUAUCUUCCCUAGACCAUGGUUUGGCUAUGAACACGGCAUUUAGUUGUGUAUAUCACAACAAAUUUCCAAUGAAAAGGAUAUCGUUGUAAUUCCUAAUAAAAUACUUUAUUUCUUAUUAGAGAUAAAGUGCACAUACCCGUUGAUUUGAAAAUUAGGCUUAUUUUCUAUUUAGGGAAAGUUGAAUAUAUAUUAAUGUAACAUGGAGAAAGAAACCUCCACUAUCACUGUUUAAUUGUUUUUGAUUGUUAAACCCCCACAAAUUUUGUUUUAAUUUUUGCCUCUCAUUUAUACUCUUUCAUUCUAAGAAAAUAUGUGAGCAACAAACGAAGAAUACAUUAUAGAUCUUAAAAAUAGGAAAAGAUUGCAAUAUUGACUAUCGAUGCAAAAAGUGCCGGUUGCUCAGGAUAAUUGUUCCUUAUUGGGAUGAUGAUUCUCUUGUCAAAUGACUCCCAUUCAGUAACAAAAAAAAAAAAAAAAAAAGACGAGGGUGUGUGACAAGCAGGAGGGGGAGAGGGAGGAGGAAGAGGAGGAUUAGAAAAUCCGAGGCAUAAGAUUCGAUGAUUGUCAACGAUUUUGCUUCGUUAUUUGUUUUGAAUUCUCGUGUUUACACCGUCGAACGAACAUUUGAUCGAAAUCUGUUGCUAGAAAACAUUGCCACAUCUCAUUUACAGUUUAGAAGGAAGAAAACAGUGCCUGAUUCUGACCAGUCUCGUUAUGCUCCCAACCGAGAAUUUCUCAGUUUUGCAUUCCAAGACAGAAAGCUCUAUAAUAUUGAAGGACACUUUUGAAAUGAUACAUAAAGAAGUCUUAUACGAUUAUUCAAAACAUUACUCAAUGAAUUCAUUUACUUAGUUUCUGGUAUAAAAGGAAAAAAAAUACGACAAAAAUAAAUAUUAAUAGCAUUCUAUCAUGCACAUCAAUUGUAAGUACCAUAUGCGUACUAUAUAUUCAUACAAGCAUUUAUGUGCAAGGUUUAUACUUCUAUAUAUUGCUAAAUGCAUACCAGAGGGGGAUAGUAGUACAAGUGGUGAUAAUUUGCGAAAAAACUGAAACCUUGAAUAUAUUCAAAGCAAUUUUACUGAUGUCUCCCACCACGUGGAAGUAUGUUCGAAAAGGUAUGGUAAAUUUACCAGCCUUACAAUAAUCCAACAUAUUUAUCAGCAGAGAGGGAAAGUGCUUAACAUUUAACUUUGAAAAGAGACGGAAGUGAAUCAAACUUAUCGAGAGUUUGAAAUUCAUUCUGUCAUGGGUGAAUAUAUAGCAAGAGGUUUUAAGCAUUAAUAGAGACUAGAGAGUAUUUAUUGGUGAAAAAAAUGCUCGAAGCAAUUCGAGAGACUUAUAAUAAAGGGACAUUUUUCCACAGAAUAUCAAAUAGUAAAAUAUCAUUUAAUAACCAAUUCGCUGACGAAAUAUGUUUCCUUAGAGAAUAUAUCUAAAUAAAAUAUAUACCCCUUCAGAAAAUAAAUAGCACUCCAAUUCGUCGCUGAGAAAGCUUUUGGCAUAAAGAGCCUAGGAGCCAUCUAAUGAUCGGAAAGCGCUUUACCCUACAGAGUGGCAAUCACUAGAUCAGAGUCAUAAACAGUGCAAAAAGUAAUUAGCUGUAAAAUCAAUUGUUUCUGUAAAACAACCAACAGAAUUAUCCAUACGCACAAAUGUCGACAGGUAUGAAAUCCUUCGUAAUCAAUAACUUUUAUAACGCCACCUUAGUUAAGCUUAGGCUCAAACUAUCUACUCACAAUAAUUUUUUAAAUAUCGUAGUUCUGGGUGACACUCGGAUAGUGAAGAGUGUCGCUUCUAAUACGAUUCUUGAUAACACUGCAAUUAUGCACAGUCUAUAGAGACUUUAGACCUUAGAAAGAAUGAUUGCUCUGCAUAUAUUUCUAUUUUUUCUACGAAUAAGGCAGUUUUAUUAGACCAGAAUGAAAAGGAAUCUGUCAACAGAUUAUGAGCAAAUGUCUAAAAUAGUUAUUUUUCCUAAUACUCGAAAGUAUCUAACAAUGCCUUUUCUGUAACAGAAUGCCGAAGGAUUAACUUUCACACUGAAAGACAAAAUGAAUCACUCCUUCUUGCUGCAUCUCGUACUUCACGCGAUUAUUUCAUGUUUCAAAGUAAAAUCAUAUCUGUCAUUUUCACCAUAUUUACUGUUCACACCAACCAUGUGAUUUUGAGUGACGAAAACAUUUACCCUAGAGCAUUUCUUCGUUAUUUCAAUCAAUCUGCAGGUUUGACAGCGGUCAACAAAGCUUAACUACGUGGAAACAGCUGCCUUUUAAACAAAAAAUCGGUGCCCAGCAUUUGAACAUCCAAGACGGAGAAAUCUAUGAGACAGACUAACAAUAAAAAUGGCCUCCAAGGAUAAAAAGAUCAACUUCCUCAUCUUUCUUAUGGGACUACGUAAGGUUUGCAGAAUAGUCUCUCACAAACAGCAAAGCAAUUUAUGACCCUUUUAGCACCCCUCUCCCUGCACGUGCGUUCAUUACCAUAUCAUCCCCAAAUCUUUCCUCUGAACACCGCCAAGAUGUAUGUAGUGUGGAACAAUCCAGCAUCCCGUGACUUCUAAGCUCAGUGUGCAACCCUGUGAUCAUU